AAAAUGAAAAAUCCGAAGAAUAAUUCCUUAUUUAACCGGAUUGUGUAUGCGAUCAAUUAUUUUGGCAGUAUUAGUAAUCUUCACGGGAUCGGACAUGUGAUUUCUUUAUCGCACGUACCAAGUUUUAAAAGACUAUGCUGGCUGUCUAUAUUGCUGGGCAGUUGCUGGGGCACGUGCAGCAUCCUGCGAGAAGUUUUGGACCUCUACACGCAAGGUUCUGUGUCUUACUCCGUGGACACCAACUACCUGUCCUGGAACACCCCCUUCCCGACCGUGACGCUGUGUGAACAGCUGGACUCCGAUAGGCUGAGAAGUUAUUUGGCUGCGAAGAAACUGCCACCUACAAUGUUGGCGUUCUUCAGGGAUGUGCUCUACUACAACAACCAGCAGUGCAAACAGUGCACCAACUGCAAGAACACCACCUGCGUCGACAACUACAUGGACUACGUGAAAGACUACCGGCUGAAGUGUGAGGACGUGUUGAACAAGUGCUGGUGGGCAGGGAAGCCUUACAAUUGCUGUGAAAUAUUCAGCCCCUUAGAAACGGAGUACGGACCGUGCUUUACGUUUAACUCGCGGCUGACAGGCGAUGGGUUUGUCAGGUACAUCAACAGGACCACCGGUCUGCCGAGCCUGGUGUUCACAGCUAGUCGGUUGAUUACGUUGCGCAUACACGCACCUGAUGACGUAGUAUCCGUCAAAGUAGAAAAAAUAGUGACCACCGACAUUAUGCCCCUCGUGUCUGAACUCAAUGCAACCUUGAAGUCGGAAGCAAUAACGAGCGACAUGACUAUUCACCGCUUGGACCCACUCCGACGAGGUUGCUUGCUCGUGCGGGAGAAGCCGGCGUUUGCGCACCACUGGCCUUUCCAGCGGUACUCAUACAGCGCUUGCGUGCUGUACUGCAGAGCUAAGAUCCAAGUAGACUUGUGUAACUGCACACAUCACUUUAUGGUCAGGCUAAAUGGAUAUAAUAUUUGCAACGUUUCCGGACUUGGCUGCCUGUAUAAAAAUAAAGAAAGCAUGCAGUCGAACACCAACUGCGGGUGCCCAAUGGCUUGCGAGGAAAUAAACUACAAAGCUGUGCAUGUUUCUUUUCACCGGGAGCCUAGUCCCGUUUCAAGAGAGCUCAUAGCCCGAGGUUCCCGUGGUGUGGUAAGGCUGAACACUCUGCCGACGCUGCGAGUUCGGCGUCAUGCUAUCAGGGAUAAGAUGGCUUUAGUCGUGGACAUUGGUGGUGUGGGUGGAGUGUUCUUCGGAGCAUCUUUACUUAGCGUUAUCGAGAUCGUGUACUUACUCUGCAUUCGCCGCAGUCGCAGCUCAUAAGCACCAGUAAAUUGGUAAGUGAACCUAACCUUCCCAUUGUUCUAGCCCUAGCGUCAAAAUCGGCGCCACACUUAC